UGGUCGUUCUCUUUGCGAAGAUGCCAGAUCCUGCGAAGUCUGCUCCCGCUCCCAAGAAGGGCUCCAAGAAAGCGGUUACCAAAGUACAGAAGAAGGAUGGGAAGAAGCGCAAGCGCAGCCGAAAGGAGAGUUACUCCGUUUACGUGUACAAGGUGCUGAAACAAGUUCAUCCGGACACCGGGAUCUCGUCCAAGGCCAUGGGCAUCAUGAACUCCUUCGUCAACGACAUCUUCGAGCGCAUCGCUGGCGAGGCCUCCCGCCUGGCGCAUUACAACAAGCGCUCGACCAUCACGUCCCGGGAGAUCCAGACGGCCGUGCGCCUGCUGCUGCCCGGCGAGCUGGCCAAGCACGCCGUGUCCGAGGGCACCAAGGCCGUCACCAAGUACACCAGCUCUAAAUAAGCGCGCAAGUGCUAUAGAACAGCUACUUUACCCCAAAGGCUCUUUUCAGAGCCACUUCAGUUACCGGAGAAGCGGCUGUAAACACUUGUUGGGAGAUAGGGCUUUAUUCUGCCUCUCCAGAAGUGGGCCUCAAAGUCACAGCCAAACUCCAGAUGAUAGCUGUUUCAACGCUUCUUCAAAAUUACCUUCUCAAAGAGCACAUUUGGGAAAUGUAUUUCUCCAGAAUGUGUAAGCCAGUUAUUUCUAGUGUUUUUUAGAGAUUUUAUACCUCCAUUAAUUCACAUAACAUGUUUGAAAAUCCCUUCCUUUAACAUGUGCUCCCUCUUCACAAUUUCUUUUCUUCCUCUCUAAGGGUUAAGGAGUAUCACGUGCUUAGUAUUAUGGAGAUGAAAGGGGAAGGCAUGAAGAUGAGCUUUUUACCCUUUGGGGAUUUUGAACCCAUAUUUAGAAACAAAGCAAGAAAUGAGGAAUAAAGGAAGUACAGCAAUUUUAUUGGCUCCCAUUUUACUGCUAGUGUGCAUUAACAAAGAAGUCUGUACCUAAAAGACAACCUUACAGAGACCCAGAUUUUCAACUUCCAGAGGUUUUUUUUUUUUUAACAUCCUGCCAAGCCUAAUACACAGUUCUCUUAGGGUCUUUUAGUUCUUAUACUAUUAUAACUAGGAGGCUGAUAAUAAUCACUUCUUAAGCUUCUAACAAUACCAUUUACAGUAACACAAAAAUGAAGAACCUGGAAAUCAACAAAAAGAAGAAAACUUGUAGAAAGAAAAUUAUAUAACACUUGUGUAAUAUUAACAAUGAUAUGAAUAAAUGGAGUUAUAUCAUGUUCAUGAA